AUGACCCCGCUGUUAUCGCACGUUUCUCAGUCCUCCCUGGGCGAGACGUGUGCUUUCUACCUGGAUUACCUUGCCGUCCACGCUCCCCAGUCCCUUCGUUCACUGCAGCGCAAAUUUGUCCCUUCCCUGUCCUCUCCCCCGCCACACCACGCCUUUGUCGUCGCUGAUAGGCCCACGCUCAUCUUCACCCUCCUCGCCUGUGCCAUCGCCGCCGCCGUCGUGAUCGUCAUGUCUUGGCGCAGCCAGUUCACCAACUUUUGGCGCCGCUCCCCUCAAUACUCUGGCGUCCCGAACCCGCCGCUCGUCAGUGACGGCGAUUACAGCUACAUCUCCCCCAAUGACAUUGUGGGGCCGCCAACGCGGUCAUACGGGAACCAAUAUCCCCAAGACACCGAGCCGGAUACCCUGCUCCUGAAACACCGUCGGAAUACCUAUGAGCUGCAUUUCCCCGCGUACGCGAUCAAUGACGGUGCGCUCAGCGUGGGCCAGUUGAGGCAACGAGCUGCGGAGGUGACACGCACGUUGGAUCCGAAGCGGAUCCGUCUGCUCUACAAGGGGAAUUUGUUGGAUGAUGACUCACUGCCCUGUCGGUCGGAGGGACUCAAGCAGCAAUCGGAGGUGCUCUGUGUUGUAUCGGAGGUUCAUCCGGGAGAGAGCACGCCUAGUGAUGCCUCUGAUGCAGAGGCGGACAAGCCCCCGGAGGAUGCGCGUGAGGGCACCGAGAAAAAGAGGACCCGUAAUCGCAACCGGAACAAGAACAAAAAUAAGAGGAAAAAUAAAGAUAAGCGGGUCAAUGACACCAACGGCAGUCUCGCUCCGCCAUCAGCGGAUCAACUGCGGCCCUCGUCUUCCGGGCUGCCAGCGUCCUCUCCCAACUUGAAAGCCUUCCGCACCUCAAUCGAGCAGGUUCAAGCAUUGAUGUCGUAUUUUCAUACUGAGCUGGUACCCCUAUGUGAAGCCUACAUCGCUGAUCCGCCGACGGAGCUGAAAUCGCGCGACUUUGAACAUAAGAAGCUGAGCGAGACCAUCUUGGCCCAGGUGAUUCUGAAGGCGGAUGGCAUUGAACCCGACGGCCAUGAAGAGACUCGAAACUUGCGCCGGGCUCUAAUCAAGGAAACACAGUCGAUCCUUGCGAGACUGGAUCAAGCGGCGAAAGAAUAA